UUGGUGAACGAAAUUUUCGAAGCAUGCGAACAUAUCGUUGGAACUACAGUGAAGUUAAUCGCGUGUGACGAAAUUGUACAACGUGAGUCAUAAGUGUAGCUGAUCCCUACCGAUAAACUAAUAUAACCGUGACAGCGUACACAAAACUGUCGUGUCUGGACGUAUUUACGAGACCGUUACGCGAAUACGCAGAUAAUAAACAAACAAAAAACGAAGGCUUUCUUGGAACAGUGAAAGAAAAACUUUCCCUGCGGGCAAUUUAGUGUAAACUUUAAAACUGAACGUUUGUUGUGCUCUUACGGUUAUUGUGCGCAGUUUGUCGUUGAUCGCGUUACAUUCGCGUUACAGUCGGAUAAACGGUGAAAUUCGGACCACACUCAAACGGUUUCUCGUUCGUGAUUUAGUGAGUGAGAGUGACAGAAGUGUGUAAACAAGGCGAAAAGUGAAAAAGAAGAGAAGAAGCCUUUUUUUAUCCUUUUUUUUACCGGUCAAGAUACCUUGCUAAGAUUCUUCCUGCCACUUGUACUUCUCUCGAGGAGCUCGACUAUUAAAACUGGCAGCAACUUCAGAGUACUUCGUUCACCGAAUGAUGUUCUGAGGCGCAUCGGUGGUAAAAAAAAAAAAAAAAAAUGAAAGCCGUAAUCGCGACGUGUCUCCUCCUCUCUGUCACCGGCGUCCUCUCCGUCGAGUGGAAACACAGCGCCGUCCUGGACAAUAACUUCUUAGUUCUUUGGACGCCAGGCGAGAGGGAUGUGAUGUUCGAGAUUCAAGUGAAGACCCUCGGCUAUGUGGGUCUCGGUUUCACGAGGGAUGAUGGCACUGUUGGGGCUGACAUGGUCAUUGGAUGGGUGGACAACAACGGACAGCUCCAUCUUCAGGACCGACACGUGAAGAAUUCGAGCAAGGAUCCCCAGAUGGACUCGAGCCAAGACUACUGCCUUCUACUGGGUUACGAGAACAAGACGCACACCGUUUUACGUUUCAGCAGGCGAUACGAUACGUGCGACCCGCGGGACCUCAAGAUCACGAACGACACGAUGCAAGUGGUUUGGCAAUAUCACGUCGAGGAACCGGUGUCCGCCGCCGGAGUUUUGCCGGAUCACGACGCCAUCCGGGGAUCGAGGCCCCUUUAUCUGGUGCAAAGGGACGCUCAACCGAGGCCGACGUCGCGCAACCAAGAGGCCGAGCCACCGCUUCAAACGUGGGACAUAUUGAACCAGCAGGUACGCUUACCCAAGGGACAAGACACGUUGCUUUGGUGCCGCGUUCUUAGGAUGCCAAACAUUGAUCACAAACACCACGUCGUCAAGCACGAGCCUGUGAUACAACCCGGAAGUCACGAUUACCUGCAUCACAUGACUUUGUACGAGUGUCGUGGGGAUCAGGGACAAUUGGAAUCCGCAGCGAAGACGUCAGGCAGUGUUUGCUAUCAGUCCAAUCAGCCGUCUCUUCAAUGUAAUACAAUCGCCGCUAUCUGGAGUCUGGGCUCCGAGGGGUUCAAUUAUCCGGCCGAGGCCGGCUACGCGCUGGAUCCGCACACGGGGCCUCGCUACUACAUGCUCGAGACCCACUACGCGAAUCCUCAGAUGGACGCGUUCAUAAGCGACAGUUCCGGGCUGCGUUUGCAUUACACGGACAAGUUGCGCACCCACGACGCCGGUAUCCUGAGCGUCGGCAUCGACCCCAAUUGGAGGCACAUCAUACCGCCAGGCCAAGCGGAGGUGGUGUCCGAAGGUCACUGCAUCUCGGACUGCACCGGGCACACGAUACCCAACAGCGGCAUCAACAUAUUCGCCGUCAUCAUGCAUACGCAUCAACUGGGGAGGAAGGUCAGAUUGCGUCAGAUAAGAUCAGGCGAGGAGCUGCCACCAAUUGCGUCCGACACCAAUUACGAUCCCAGCUAUCAGGAGUAUCGGAAGCUGCAGAAGCCCGUCAGGGUCUAUCCGGGCGAUCAUUUGGUGGCCGAAUGCACGUACUCGUCUAAAUCGAGGCAAGCAAUCACGCUCGGCGGUCUGACAACGAGGGAAGAAACUUGCCUGGUGUCCACUCUUUAUUAUCCCCGCAUCGAGCUGUCGCUCUGCUACUCUCUCCCUUCAUUACCAACGGUUCUGCAGAGUUUGGGGAUCCAAAAGCUGAUGCAGGGUUCCAGCCCGGUAAAGAUUCAAGAACCGCAAAAGUUGGCCGGCAUGACGUUGGAGGAACGUUUGCUCAGCUACGACUGGGAGAGCAGUUUCCAGAGCUUUCAGGAAGCUACCCGGGGCGGCACCUUUAAACCCCUUUGCUGGACGAACAAGGGGGAACUGGCAGGCAUGGACAGCCUGGAAGUCCAUUAUCCAAGGAUCCUGAGGCCGUACGAGGAGGUGGCCCUCCCGUGCUCGAAGAAACCUCUCAGGAACAAGUUGUCGUUAAUGCUGAGCGAGGACGAGGACAUCGGUGCACCCGUGGACCCGGACAGUGACGAGACGAACGCGGUCGAACGUGGACAAUUGGUGCGCAGCAAAGUGUCACGAAGCAGUGACGGGCCAACGGGCGGAAGUUCCUCGACCAGGUCGAUACCUACGAUCGUCACUCUCGCCACCUUGGCGAUCAUCGUCACCGCCGCGUUCAGGUGAACACUGGCUGGUCGUCUUGCGCGCCGAUCGAAUGAAAACCGAUCGAUUUCGUUUAUCUAGGACGGCCGUUUUAUCUUCUUGUUGAUCAAGCUGAGGAUCGGGGAGGUGGAUUCAUAUGUAAGUACGUAUGUACCGGUGUGUACCCUCUCACGUGGAUCCAACAACUAUUAUCACGUGGCUCGUUCGUCAACCAGAGAUCGUUGAAUGAGGACAAGGUAGAUGAUUUAUAUAUGAUAUAGGGUUCCUCCCUCCGCCCCCCUCCUCUCCUUCCUAGAGUUUGAUUCUAUGCAUUCGAUCAACGACACGAUCGGAUGUCGUUGAAUUCAUAGUGAUGUAAUUUUUUUUUCUUUUUUUUUUCUUCCUUCCUUUUGUAAAACACGUUCUGUGAAUAAAUAAGGAUGGAAAUAAAUAAUAAUGGACGAGAUAGCGCGGGAGAAGAGAAAUAUUUUUUGAUGUGGCCUCGAGUCGUGAUCGCGUGUAAUAAUCACGACGAAGAAGUUGAUAUAGAUGAUGAUUGCCAAAUAUAUAUAUAUAUAUAUAUAUAUAUAUAUAUUUUCCCUCGAACGAAGCUCUUUCUUCGAAGAGUUUCUUAGGAUCUACGAUGUCCUCAAUCAAAGAUCGACCUCCCUUUCUCGCGAUCUCUGCUCGUGCACCGUGUAUUGUUACUAUGUAUAUCGCGUGCUUGCGCAGGACCACUCCUUCCUUUGGAUAUCUUUCGAGUUUGAAUGCUCGUUAUUCCUUUCUUAUCCGAUUUAUACAUUAUCGGAUUGUAUACUUCGAAUACCCUUCGAUUCGUUUCACGAUUUUAUUAGCUACUAAGUCUAAUUUCUUUCGCGACCGUGUAUAUAAUGGCAAACUACAGAGAUGGACCUGUAGCUGGACGAAAAAGGGUAUUCGUAUCGACGGCGUACACGAAAACUUUCAUUCGUUCGCAAUACAAUAAUCGAUUCGCAAUCAGAAUUGAUUUUCCGAUUUUCGUCCGGUUAGUCGCGUAGCAUUUCGCUUCGUCGAUCGUAUUUAGUUUCCAGGCCGAUACGAUCAAAGAAGGUCAAAAAAGCUGGAAAGAAUUGCAUUUUCCGUCGUAACGUUAACACGGUCGACGUUUGUUCCCAGUAUCAAAACGGAUGGGCUCCUUUGACAAGAUCGGAUAAAGGAAACGAUGCGACGAAUCGUGAAUCAAAAUUUUACAAAGUCACAUCUUCCUUUUCCAUAUCCUAUCUUUUGUUUGAGAUAUAACAUUUGUCUCCAUGAAUCAACUUAUUGGAAAAUUAUUUAAUUUUCUACAUUUUUCUCGAUUUCUCGGUUAUAAACAUUCAAGUAUUUGAUUGUUUCGUCUAUUCGAAUGCAAAUCUUAACAAAUUUCAAGCAUCUUGAUAAAAUAUUAUUUGUUAAUUAUCGGAUGAAACGUACGUUAUAUAGUUUCUAUCCUAUUGAACCAAGAAUAUGGCGCAAGUUUCCUGGUCCAUUUGUGCGAGCAAUUUCGAACUAGCGACAAGAGCGAUAGAAAUCGGAAAUGUUCGGUACUUGAUCCCACUUUAAAAGUUAACGAUCUCGAACGAAAGAUAUCCGCGAGGAAACGAGGCUCCUGCCUGACAUUAAAAUUAUUUUCAAGCUUCUGGACUCGAAAGAAUUUAUAUUGUUGGCUGUUUAUUUAGGCCACGAACCAAGCAUGCAAUCCUAGCAAUGACAAAAUUUCUAGAGAAUAUUUCAAGCACCAGCUUUUCUAGCUUUCUCAAAAACGAUAAAGUCACGGAUAAUUGCUUGGUUCGCGCCAGAGACUGUAUAUUCUGUUACUAAUUAGAUUUAUACGAAUAGAUGCGUUUUUUAACGGAGAUCGUAUAAACGUUGGUCGAUUCUCACUUAUCGAGG